AUGGCACAAGUUUUGAAGGACUGUAAACUAAUAGUUUGGGAUGAAUGCACAAUGGCCCAUAAGAGUGGAUUCGAAGCUCUCAGUAGAACAUUAAAAGACAUAAGAGAAAACAAUAGCUUGAUGGGAGGGGUCACUGUGCUGUUAGCUGGAGAUUUUCGCCACAUAUCCGGAAACUUGCACUCCAAUACGAAAGUCCAUUUAAGUGGUAAUACAUCUGCUGGGGUUUUCCCUGAAGUGCUACUAAAAAUAGGCGAUGGAAAUUACCCUUCACUGGAAGGUAAAAUCAUAAUUCCUUCAGAUUUGGGUACAGUAGUUACCUCCUUAUCAGAGCUAACUUCUAAAAUAUAUCCUGAUAUAAGUAACAUCAAAAAGAUGCCCACAGAAUGGUUGUGCGAGCAUGCUAUCUUAAUUCUGAGAAACGAUAAAGCAGCCGCAAUUAAUGAUAUUCUAUUAAAGGCCUUCGAAGCUCAAGAUCUUGAAUACAGGUCUUUUGAUUCAGUGAUCCAAACGGACGACACCGUCCACUAUCCGACCAAAUUUCUUAAUACUCUGAAUCCUCCUGGUCUGCCAUCACAUAAACUCAUUCUUAAAGUCGCAGCAUCUGUAAUAAUAUUAAGAAAUCUUAAUCCACCAUAA